CUCAAGAUGUCUUCUGUGUGUCAGUGUCCCCAGUCAGAAUGGCAAAUCAUUCAAAGCGUUUAUCAAAAUAACGCCGCUGCCAUUGACAUUUUUAUGGCCCACGGUAUUCUGCCUACUUCCCAUAAGUGUUCCAAGUGUUUUGCAGACUGCAGUUACCGUCAAGAUAAACACGCUUGGUAUUGCACGAAAAAGCGCAGUGUUAACAAGGGAAAGAAACUCAUUAAUUGUGGCUAUUCAGUUUCUGCGUAUAAGGACACUUGGAUGGGCAAGUUACACAUAGCACCGUGGAAAAAUUUGUUAUUUUGUAAUGCAUUUAUCAGGAAACACUUUUCUCAGCGCUACAUUGACGAAAACUUGAAUGUAUCGUUCGAAAAUGUCGUGAACUGGAAAAAACACUGUUCUAAGGUUUGUGAACAUUGGUUGAGUAACCAGCAGGAACCCAUAGGAGGGCUUGAUGUUGUAGUGGAAGUGGGUGAAAUCAAAGUAGGAAAAUCCAAAAGCAAUCCUGACAGUGAAGAGACUGGAGCGUGGGUGUUGGGGGGUGUAGAAGCCGUCUCCAAACGGAAAUUCAUCAUACCAGUAGCUGACCAUAGUGCUGAAGCUCUCAUACAGCAAAUUUUGCACUUUGUAAAGUUGGGUAGUGUUAUUCAUACCGACAUUGGGGAGGCUUACAGCACCCUUAAUGAUAUUGGUUACAUCCACAGAACUGUCGACCACAGUCGGAACUUUGUCGAGCCUUAUACAGGCGUCCAUACACAAAAUUUAGUAUGCAUGUGGAAGGAUAUCAGAAAUUGUGUGCUUCGUGCCGGCAAUAUAAAGGAAAAUUACAGCCAAUAUUUUGCUCGGUACAUGUUCCAAGCGCAACACAAGGAUCACAAGACCAUACUGCACCACUUCCUCCUACAAGUGGCUUCUCUUUAUCCUCCUCCAGCUGAUAAUAUAGGUAAUCCUUCAGCUCCUUUUGACAACAAGAAUGUAAACCCAACUCGACACCUUGAAUACUCUGAUAAUACCGCUACUUCAGUGAACCCACAGUGCAAGAGGAGCUUGAAUGGUGAAAAUGGUGCUGUCAGCGGGAACCAAUCAAUACCCGGAGAUGAAGAAGCUAUACCUAUCCAAAAGAGACUUCGUUCACACAGAAUUGUUAAGCCUCACAAUGUUUCAUCUGAGGCUUCAGUGUCUAAUGUGUCUGUGGAACAUGACCGAGAUGCUGAUGUUACUGUGGAAAAGAGGAUGUUCCACUGUGAUAUAUGUGAAGGAAUUUACUCCUCUGCUCAGCAAUUGAAGACACACAUGAAGUUUUUUCAUUCAUAUGAGAAGCCACAUCAGCUGGUGUUUCCAGUACAUAAACAGCUUGAAGGAAAUGCAAAGGAGAUAAAUGACACAUCAUGUUUAGUGAGGAAUGAAGCAAUUUAUUUGAAGGAAGAAUGUAUUGACCCAGUGCACGUUAAGGAAGAGUUUCCUGAGCCAGUGUUUGUAAAGGAAGAGUUUCCUGAGCCAGUGUGUGAGACAGAAGAGUGUACUGAGCCAGUGUGUGUAAAGGAAGAGUUUCUUGAACCAAGAUAUGUGAAUGAGGAGCUUAUUGAAACAAUUUAUGUGAAAGAGGAGUGUAUUGAUCCAACAUAUGGAGGAGGAGUUUACUGAACCAUUGUAUGUGAAGGAGGAAUGUACAGUAUUAAACCAGACUGUAACUGA